AGGUUGACGCCGUGGCAUUUCAUACAUACACCUGCUUUGGCAGAUAUCUCAAAGAUCACAUCGAGAUGUACAAGAUCUUUCAGCGCCCAUUGUGGCUGACGGAGUUUGCUUGCUGUGAAGCCAGCUCAUUGGAGCGAUUGCCAGCUGAAGGCCAGAUGGCUUAUAUGCGGGAAGCGAUACCAUUGCUGGAACGAGAUGAGUCAAUUGAGAUGUAUUCAUGGUUCAGCAUGUUUGAGGAUGAUUGGGCAUUCCCCAUUGUCGACGGCAAAAAUGGAGAUGCUGGGCUCGUUUACAGUAAUGGCACCUUGUCCGCUCUGGGAGAGUUGUACGCUUCUUUCACUGGUCCACACUUGGUUGCUCCACCAUCAAUAGCUCCGCAAACUACCACACUGCCUCCUUGUCGAACUUCGCAGGUUGGUGAAGAUUGCUAUGAUGCUGUCCAAUGGGCGAUGACAACUGGUAUCGUUGCGAACCCUGAAUGGUACGGGGACUUGACGACUGAGUCUUCGUUUGAAGAUUUUCAGAAUUUUUUCUUCAAGGAACGGACCUUGGCAGGUGUCUGUGAAGCUCCGGCCUGUCCAGGAUGCCGCACAGCAGUACGUGGUGAAAAAUGCUACGAAGACGUCAAGUGGGCACUGCAUACAGGAAUACCUCAACAUCCAGAGUGGUACAAUGGCCUCACAACAUCAAGCUCUUUUGAAGAGGUUCAGGAAUUUCUUUGGCAGGAAGACAUCAACGACAAUUGCGCACGACCUUGUGAGCCACUGUGCAGCUCCAACGGUAACUGCAGCGCCAUGGGCGUCAACGUCUUUGGUUUCGAUGGCUUCAGUGAUGAGGCUUCAGUGAAGCGGGCCGUGCGGAGCCUGUUCAAGAAAGGCAUGAGAAAUUUUCGCGUGGUCAACGUUGGAGGUUGGGCAAAUGCAGUUUUAACUGCCAUCAACGAGGCUGCAGGAAUGUAUCCAGAGCCAUCCUCGGUGAAGAUCACAAGUCUUUUCUUUGACUCUGCGAGCAAGUGCUCGAGCCUCCCGAGCUGGAUGGACUUCUCUAUCAGCACCACCUUGUCGAAGCUGCGGCAGCUGACGAAUGUACCACGAAUUUUGCUUCAACUCGACGCUUGUAGCAUUUGCCAAGAUGCUGAGCUCUACUGCAUCAAUCCAACAGAGCAAGGCUUUGGGCAAUCGGAGCCAAAGGCUGACGUCUUUCGGAACUUCAUCCAACAGCAGUGA